GGGCGUUUCUUUCCUUCUUUUUUCCGAAUUGGUUUUGAGGGGUAGAUUCGAGUUACAAAAUGGCGGCCUGCGGUGUGUUGGGCGCUGUUCCCUCAGCGGCCUCUGACUGAACGGACGGCUGUCCCCAUCCCUGCCGAACACAGAGGGGUGAGGCCCCCGAGGGACAUGGUGUUGGAGACUCAGGGCGUGCGGACCACCGAAUCCUUCGAGGCUCUCCGCGCACCGGAAGCGACCGCGCGCCGCCUCAGAGCCGAACGCCGCGGCAGCGCCCUCGCACCUGAUCGCCGCUGCGCGGCCGGGCCUCGCGGCGCCCACAACCCGGCGAGGGCUGCGGCGGCCGCCGGGGAGGUUCGAAAAAAUGGCCAAAAGAAUUGCCGAGAAGGAAUUGACAGACAGAAAUUGGGAUCAAGAAGAUGAAGCAGAGGAGGUGGGAACAUUCUCAGUGGCCAGUGAGGAGGUCUUGAAGAAUAGAGCCAUAAAGAAAGCAAAACGUAGAAAUGUUGGAUUUGAAUCUGAUAGUGGAGGGGCCUUUAAAGGUUUUAAAGGUUUGGUUGUACCUUCUGGAGGAGGCGGGUUUUCUGGAUUUGGUAACGGUGCUGGAGGGAAGCCCUUGGAAGGCCUGUCAAACGGAAGCAGCGUGACUGCCGCCCCUCCCUUCUCCAGCUCGAGGGCGGCCACCGAGGCCAAGACCACCUUCGGCUCUGUUGCUGUGAAUGGCCCUGCUUCCUCGGUUGAUAAAAAGAUUUCAAAUCCUAAAACUAAUGGUGACAGCCAGCAGCCCUCUGCCUCCGGCCUUGCCUCCAGCACAGCCUGCCCUGGGAAUGCCUAUCACAAGCAGUUGGCAGCCUUAAACUGCUCUGUUCGGGACUGGAUCGUGAAGCACGUGAAUACAAACCCGCUCUGCGAUCUGACCCCCAUCUUUAAAGACUAUGAGAAAUACUUAGCAAGCAUCGAGCAGCAACAUGGGAACAGUGGUAGCAGUCAUUCUGAAAGUGAAAAAAACAAAAUAGCAGUUGAAACACAAUCUCCUUCUCUCUUUGGUUCAAAAUUACAGCAAGAGUCAACAUUUUUGUUUCAUGGCAGCACAACUGAAGCUGCAUCAGAGAAGAAGAUGGAGCCUCUGUCUGAAAAGAACAAGGAGCCAUCACUAGGAGCAGCAAGUGCCUCAUUUAAUUUUGGCAAGAAAAUCGAUAGCUCUGUGUUGGGCUCCUUAAACUCUGGCCCAUUAACUGGCUUUUCAUUUUCUUCUGGAAACUCCAGUUUGUUUGGCAAAGAUACUACCCCGAGUAAACCAGUUUCUUCACCAUUUUCCGCUAAAACACUGGAGACCCGAGCAGAAGGUGGCGGGAACGAAUGCAGAGGCGGAGAUGAAGAGGAGAAUGACGAGCCACCCAAAGUAGUGGUUACUGAAGUAAAAGAAGAAGAUGCUUUUUACUCCAAGAAGUGUAAACUAUUUUACAAGAAAGACAAUGAAUUUAAAGAGAAAGGUGUGGGUACUCUGCAUUUAAAACACACAGCCAAUCAGAAGACACAACUUUUAGUGCGCGCAGAAACCAAUUUAGGCAACAUCCUGCUCAACGUUCUGAUUCCGCCCAACAUGCCGUGUAGCCGCACGGGGAAGAACAACGUGCUGGUCCUGCUCAUUCCGAACCCACCCGUCGAUGCCACAAACGCCUCCGUCCCGGUCACCAUGUUAAUUCGGGUGAAAACCAGCGAGGACGCAGAUGAGUUGCACAAAAUUUUACUGGAGAAGAAGGAUGCCUGAGCACGCUUCCCCUGAGGAGCUGUUGCCAAGUUGCUGCUUCCCCACUGCCCUUUAAACUUAGUUUUCUUCUCUUCUUUGACAUUCUAGAACUUAGAGAUAACUUAAAACUUUUGUGAGGAAGAUAAAUAUGGCCAAUAAAACCUUUAAUAUUACCUGUCAAGAAA